GGUGCGGCUGCAUGUGUAAUAACGUUUGAGUUGUUGACAUUCUCGUCAACUAUCUAAGUUGACGUUUUAUUUGAAAUAACAUACAGCGCUAGUAUCGUUUUCUCCAAUAUCCGAUAAAUUAAAAACCCGCAAUAUUUUUUUUAAAUUUAGUAUGUGAUUUGAAAAUUCCCGGUAAACGUAAUUAAAAUUAUGGCACUACUCGAUGAAAAUAGUAACAAGUCUUUUAAUUUGAUUGGAUUUAUGUUUGGGAAUAUUGACAACAAUGGUCAGUUGGAGAAUCAUUUCUUUGAUGAUGAUGCUCAAAGACAUUUGUCGUCACUCGAUUCCCUGGGAUUUGAUUCUGUAAUCCAGGAUGUAGUGUCACAUGAAGAAAUUGUCGGGGAAUCUUAUAGUUAUAGUGACGAUGAUGUGACAUUAGAAAAUCAAGUGGUCGUGAAUGACCGUGACAAUGAUAUCGAUCAUGAUAAAUUACCGGGUAACAGUUUUCCUGAUGCGAGUGAAGAAAUUGAAGAUUUGGAGUUGGAAAUUCCAGAAGAAAAUGUUGAUAUCCAUGCAGAUGAUGAUGAGGCAUUUGAUAAAUGUCAUGAUACAAAAUUGUCACCAGUUAAAACUAAUGAAGACAAAGAAAAUCAUCCUUAUUCUUAUAUAUUACCAGCAAAAUAUGCAAAUGUUGAUGUGACUGAAUUAUUUCCUAACUUUCGUCCUAAUAAAGUUCUCCGGUUUCACAAAUUAUUCGGAGAAGGAAAGUUUAGUAGUUUGCCAAAUAUCUGGCGGGGAGCUCAGAAACUGAAGAAGAAUCACAAACAACAUAACGAAGAAACAAAAAAAUGUACGGAUUCAGAUCAAGAAGAAAAAGUUAUCAAGAGUAAAGGCUGGGUAAUGAACUACGGGCCUGAUCCUGAUCCUGACCAGUGCGCUUCUGAUGAUGAGCUCAAAUUAUUGGCACCUGUUAAAAACGAACAACAAGCAGUGACUGGUAAUGAAGAUGCUAAAGAAAAUGUGAAGACAAGUCCAGAUUUUAAGGAUUGGCGUUUUGGUCCAGCAAAGUAUUGGUUUGAUAUGAUGGGGGUACCCGAGACUGGGAGUAAUUUUGAUUAUGGAUUUAAAUUAGCGAAAGCUAAUGAGUCAAAUAAUAAUAAGCUUGAAAAAUUAAACAGUGAUGGGUUUGAUGACGACGCAUUUCUUAUGGUUUCACAAUUGGAGUGGGAAAAUAACGUCGUAUGGGAUUCAAAUGAUGUAGCGCAGGAAGUUGCGCGUACAUUAAAUAACAAAAAUAGUUCUGCUGGGUGGAUACCUUCAAGUUCUAACAGAAAAGCUCAGUCACAGGACAAAUUUGACAUGAGUUUUCAUUCUCGACUUCAUGCAGAAAAAAAUGAACAGCAAGAUGAAACUUUCAGUUCAUUAUUUCCGGUGGAAAAUGAUGACCUGGUUUAUGGACUUUGGGAAAAUGAAGUUAUUUGGGAUGCUGAGAAUAUGAAGGAAAUUCCAAAGCCAAAAAUCUUAACCCUGGAUCUAAAUGACGACAACAUCAUCUUAGAAAUUCCGGAGGAUGUCAACCCAAUUAAAAAACAAACUGAGACUCAGCGUAAAGCUAAAAAUCCACUUCCGUAUUCAAAGAAAAGUAAAACUUUACUGAAUCAAAUCGGUAUUUUGAACAUCGCUGAAGAAAUUGAGGAAAAAACGCCACCUGAACCUUCAAACUCAACUACACACGAUCCUUUCAAUAUCUCCAAUGAUGUCUACUACAUGCCGAAAGAAAAAGAAAUGACUCUGCGACUGAAAACCGGCGGGAAAAAUUUAAUCCAACACAGUAUUCCAGUGAUGAAACUAAGUGCGCCUUUCAUUCGAACUUUCAUGGGUCCCAUGAAACUUAGAAACUUUCACAGGCCUCCGUUGCGACGAUUCAGCUACGGCCCACUGGCUCAUCCAGGACCGCAUCCAGUCCAUCCCUUGCUGAAAUACAUCGAACAUCAAGCAGAAAAACGUGAACGAGAGAGGAUUGCUUCCGGUGGAGGUGACGUAUUUUUUAUGAGGUCUGCUAAGGAUCUAAGUGGCAGAGAUGGUCAGCUAAUACUCGUUGAAUUUUCUGAAGAACAUCCGCCGUUGAUGAAUGCAGUCGGUAUGUGUUCGAAGAUCAAGAAUUAUUACAGGCGAAAAGUUGACAAAGAUCAGCAGGUACCUAAUUAUAAGUACGGCGAAACUGUAUUCACUUACACGAGCCCUUUUCUCGGAUCUUUGGCACCCGGUCAAAGCAUCCAAACGCUUGAAAAUAACAUGUACAGAGCUCCAAUUUAUGAACACAAGGCUCCGCAAACAGACUUCUUGGUGAUCCGAACACGUGAUAAAUAUUUUAUACGUGAAGUCGACAAUAUCUUCAUUGCUGGGCAGCAGUGUCCACUUUAUGAAGUACCAGGACCAAAUUCAAAGCUAGCAGUCAAAUUUACCCGCGACUUUCUUCUUGUUUUUAUUUAUCGUUUGUUUUGGAAGUCAACCGACACACCAAAAAAAGUAAAAAUGGAAGAUAUCAAGAAAGCAUUCCCACUGUACAGUGAAAGCAGUAUUAGAAAACGUUUGAAAUUAUGUGCUAAUUUUAAAAGAACCGGCAUGUAUUCAAAUUGGUGGGUGAUGAGAUCUGAUUUUCGAUUGCCUUCAGAAGAAGAAAUCCAAGAGAUGGUUUCCCCCGAGCAGUGUUGUGCUUAUUUCAGUAUGAAAGCUGCUGAACAGAGACUAAAAGACGCUGGUUAUGGUGAAAAAUUUCUCUUCGCAUCUCAAAAUGAUGACGACGAUGAUUUGCAGCUGAAAAUGGACGAUGAAAUUAAAGUCGCGCCUUGGAAUACCUCGAGAGCGUACAUCCAUGCGAUGGAGGGCAAAUGUCUUCUGCAGUUGACUGGUCCAGCUGACCCUACUGGUUGCGGUGAAGGAUUUUCGUACGUCCGUAUGUCAAAUAAACCGAUCGUUAACAAAAACGAACAAGAAGUGCAGCCUAAAAAAACACUUAAUGGUACGGAUGCUGACUUAAGACGACUGUCGCUGCCUAAUGCCAAGCAAAUUCUUAAAAAAUUUCAAAUACCCGAUGAAAAGGUCAAUCAAUUAGGCCGUUGGGAGAUUAUUGAUCUCGUACGGACUCUUUCGACGGAAAAAGCCAAAGCUGGGGAACAAUGCGAGUCAAAAUUUUCUCGGGGUAAUCGAUUUUCUGUUGCUGAAUAUCAAGAACGUUACAAAGAAGAGUGCCAGAGAAUUUUUAAUCUACAAAAUAGUGUACUGUCAUCAGCUGAAGUACUGAGUUCUGACGAAAAUGUAAGUUCGGAUGAUGAGGACGACUCUGACAUUGAAGAAAUGGGAAAAAAUAUUGAGAAUAUUUUGGCGAACAAAACAACCAGCGAGCAGUUGACGUUGAAACAAGAAGAGCAGGAACGGCAGGAGUUGAAAAAAAUGUUUUUGGGUGAGACAUCGACAGCUCAAAACAGCAAAAAAUCCAAAACUAAAAAGAAAGGUGAUACAGAUUCUGAACCUGGCGAACGUGUGCUGAAAAUUAAUCGAACUUUUCGUGAUGCUGAUGGCAAAGAGUUUACACGAGUUGAAAUAAUUCGUAACUCAGCAGUAAUUGAUUUGUAUUUAAAAAUAAAAAAUACCAAUGAUAAAAAAUUAGUAAAUGAUUUUAUGUCACUUACUGACGAACAAAAAGAAGAACGAAGGAAAGAGAAGAGAAGACUUCAAGAAAGAUUGAGAAGAAUUAAUAAACAUGAAGAACGCAAGCGAAAGAUGAUGGCUAAUAAUCCAGUUUCUGCUGAUUCUAAUAAUUCUCAGGACGAUCCAUUGUCAUUGCAGAGACCAAGUAAAUCUUGUCCUGUAGUUCAAAAUAUUCCGGCUCCAAAUUCAGUGAAUGUUGGCGUGACUCGAGUACAGGAAAAAAAAGUUGACAAACAAUUUAAUAGUGAUCUUAAUUACCAUAAAGAUCUUGUAAAAGUCGACGGUACUAAAGUCAAAUUUUCAACUAAACUUAUCAAGCAAAUACAAGAGGAGAAUAAUAACCACAAUCGUACGACAAAAUCUAGAGAUCCUGAUACGAAAUUCAGCACGAAAAAACGACGAAGAAACACCGAAGACACUAUUGAUUACAAUCAAUCAGUGGAGUACAUUAAGCCAGCAAAGAGGAGACAAACUGAUCCUGUUAUUUCGAUGUCAGUAAUACUGGAAAAAAUUAUCAAUGAAGUCAAACAUUUACCCAACGUAGGGCUAUUUUUGUUUCCUGUCAAUAGAAAGCUCGUUCCUGAUUACUAUAAAAUAAUAAAACAGCCAAUCGACCUACAAACAAUUCGAGAAAAUAUACGACAGUACAAAUACGAAACUAGAGAAAAGUUUCUCGCCGAUAUUAACCGUCUCGUUAAAAAUUCAUCAAUUUAUAAUGGACCGAUCCACCCACUGACUAAGACAGCAGAGCAAAUACUUGAAAUUUGCGCGCAAAGACUCAAAGAAAAGGAUGAGUCUCUCAUGAGACUCGAGAAAGCAAUAAAUCCAUUCAUGGGCGACAAUGAUCAAGUAAAACUUGCGUUUCUUCUCGAUGAUAUCGUCAACAGAAAAAUCAAGACUAUGACAGAGUCUAAAUUGUUUCUUAAUUUUAAAAAGUUUACUAAGAACACUAGUAUUGUCAAAACUCCAAUGGAUUUAAAUACCAUAAUUCAAAAAAUCGCUUCCAGAGACUAUCAUAAUCGCUACGGAUUUCUUCAUGAUGUCAAAUUAAUUCUAGAUAAUUGCAUUCAACAAAAUUCGUCAUUUGUACGGGAAGCAGAGAUGAUUUUUAAAGUUUGCGAACAAUCAUUGAAUGAAUAUGAUUCCUAUCUCACGCAGAUAGAAAGUAACAUAGUAAAUAAAAAUUCCUAUUGGCUGGAAGCAAAUAAAAAUAAAAAUUCUCCAGCAGUUAAAUCGAGUUUAAAAAGUUUGAGUUUAAAAAGUAUGAGUUUAUCUGAGAAUGCAUCAGUAAAAUCUAAAUCAGAUGAUAGCGAUUUCAUUGAUGUCGUUGGUGACGAAGAAAGCCUGGGGUCUGCCACUGAAAAUAAAAUAAAUACCAUUCAAGAGCAUAAAUUUUCCAGUGAAGAAAAAUAUAAAUUAAUGGAAUCCGAGGACGUCAGCAAAAGCCCGGAUUCAAUUCCGGAGGAAAAAGUUGACAUUUAUCAAGAUCUUGAAUGUUCUGAUGAUGAGAAUGAAUUUACUAUCGGUGGCCGUAAAGAAGAAAACUUUGAGACUAUUUCUGAGAAUCAGAUUGAUAAUUUCCAAGAUUUUCAAUUUUUCAGUGACGGUACAUUCAAUUUAAUGGAACUUGAUGUCGGUGGUGGAAACUCGGAUAUUAUGUCUGGCGAAGAAAUUACUCUUUAUCAAUCAGAUCUUCAGGGCUCUGAUGAUGAUGAAUGCAAUUUUGUUCAGAAAAAAGUCUUCCAAUGUAUCCCCGAAAAAAAAGUUAAUCUCCUUGAAGAACUUGAAGUUUCUAGUGAGGACGAUGUAAGACAAGAAAAUGAUCAUCAGCAGGAACAAUCUUAUGAUAUCGCAGACGGCGAAAUUUGGUUUUAAUUGUAAAAAAAAAAAAUGAUAUACAUAUACAUAAUUAAUGAAAGAAAUAAUUAUUAAUUCUUAAUUAAAUAAAAGUACAAAUUUUGUUAUUACUCAUAAAUUUAAUUUUUGUAAUAUUACAGAUCGAUGUACGAUAAAAUUAUAAAAAUAUUAUGAGAACUUAAUAAUUAGUAAUUUAUGAUCAUGUGUUUAAGUCUAAUGAUUAUCAUACAUUGAAAAAAAACUAAUUUUUCAUCAAUUUAUAUUUUUUUUAUGGUGUAAUUUUGUAAUUUCGUUGAUUAUUAAAUUGUUAAAGGUUG